AUGAUUUCCAUGCAGCGCUCCCUUUCCUCGCCAGUUCGCAUAGUGUCUGUCCCUGCCCCCAAAGAUGACGCGAACCAGCCUCCAUCACCGACGCCUCCUCCCGAGACUUACAAUCCUUCCUUCCGUUCCCGUCGCCAGAGAUCUCCGAGUCCCACCCGGAGCGCAGAGGCUGCACCCGUCCGCCGUAGCGAGGACAUGCCGAGGAGACCCGCCUCCAGGUCGCACCAGAAGCCCGUGAUUGCCCAAGCGUCUACACCCACUGCCACCUCGCCGGCCAAGCCCGCAAUGGAGCCUUCGUCUGAAGCGGCGUCCGUGUCAGCCGCCGACAAGACAUCCUCGCCCGCGCUCCCUCAGUCCCUUCUCCCGGACCCGUCCUUGUACGAGAACCCUCAUUUGGCCCCCGAGCCUGACACAACAACCCUGGAGGAGCUUGCCCAUUUGGUUAGACUAUCCAAGUAUCAGGAGCGCAAGCGCGCAAACACGAGGAUACGCCUGCAGAGGAACCUCAUUUCCACGGCCUUGUCUGCCCGCUUGAACCGCUGCGGUGAGAUUGCCCGGAAAAACUUGGUUGAUUGUUUCCGGUCCGAUGACAAGAAGACCUUUGCUUCUCUCUUCAACGCCAUUCACGAUGUGCGCAAGAGCUGCGACGAGCUACGACGCUAUGCUCUUUUGGAACCCGAGAUGGAUUCUCUCCAGUCCCCUGCUCUGGCGUCUUCGGAAAGCCUCGACACACCCCCAAAGUCAACUUCAGGUGCUAGCUUACUGGGAUCCAUGACCCCUUUUCUUUCCGAGUUGCCAGCCUCCGUCAGAGAAAUCUUCCUGAACUUCCUGACCCAGAUCAGGACCAACCCAGACUACCUAGCCACGCGGUUGUGCUCUCUAACCCCCACAGAACUGAAUGCAUUUACCACACCCCACCAGGGGCUGGAGCCUGUAGAAUCUGUUUUGCCCUACCACGGUCGCCCUACUGCCCGCGCUCACGCCGGCCCAAGCAGCCGGGGACCUGCACAUUCACCCAAUCCUAUCGAGCGUUUGCUGUCCUUCCAGCGGCAUGAUCCCUUGUCAACUUUGGUCCAUACCUGCUUCGCCAACUCCGCCGGCCCCGAUAGCGCCGAAGACAGACGUCGAACUGAGAUAUGGGGAACGGCGCUAGCGAGACUAAUUACCGAGUCCAAGGCCAGCAGCGAGCCCAUGCUGAUCUCCGUACUUAACGUCUGGACCGCCAUGCGAGAUUGGUCCGGGAAGUCCAACAUGGAAUGGUAUCUAAUGAAGAUCCUCGAGGAUGGCGCCUUUCUUUUGGACAAGGCCGAGGACCAACACGGGACAAGGUUCAAUCUCGCCGAUUGGACAGCCAAGGACAGUAUCGCUGCUGAGGAAUUUUAUGACCGAGCCGUCAACGAGCUCUUCGAAAUCAUCGAUGAUGAGGAUGCGACCGGUAUUCCCGAAGGUCUCAUUGAGCUGGGUAACGCCAUACUAAAGAAGCUGGAUAACAAGCUCGUAGAGGGCACGCGAAACUGGUUUGUGUACAAGUGGCUUUUCUCCGUCUUCCUGCUCGGCGUCGUCAUCCAUCCAGAGAGCCACGGUCUCAUGGGCGAUUACCACAUCACCGAGUAUGGCCGCCAAAAGAUUCUCAAACAAGUCGCCAUGAGGGCGCAGCAGCUGGUCGUAGAGAUUACUUGGAACAAAAAGGGGACCGUCUCGACUCCGCCCAAGAUCCAGGGUCACGUGGACAGCAUUCUGAGCCGAUUCAAACGGUCCAGAUCACAAAGACCUCCAGCCAAACUGCUGCCCGCCCGCUCCAUUACCUCUCUCCGGGAGACUGUUGAGGUUCACCCAUAUUUGGUCGUGAGCCCGGCUGACCUAGUCACACUGGUCAAUGCAUUGUUCCCCGAGCGCCGGCCCAUGUCGGCCCAGUCCGGUGGGUUAAGAUCAGGAGCUCCUUCGAUUUCCGGGUUUUCGGCGAUUUCCCAACCAAUCUCCGUGGGAGCAUCUCGCAGUAACUUCGAUACAGCAUCAAUUCUCAGCACGAGUGCAUCGUCCGUCCUCAGCGACGCUACAACGUCGCGCGAGACGACUUUGGAGGAGCAGAGGACCGGCUCACCUCAGCGGUACUCGCCCCCUGUUCUGGAUCCACUCAGUCAAAGACGGCUUACCAACUACGAAGACGACGGUUAUCGUCUACGUUUCGCUCUCCGUGAGCUGGGCGCUCAAGUCGGAAUGGAUGUCGUUCAGGGUUCAUGCCACCCUUGUGCUGAACGAUGGGCUGUCUUGUUCAUCUCAGCGGAUGGAAACAGUUUGUCAAGCCAGAUGACCUAUGACCCAGACGAAGAGGUCGAAGAUGAGGAGAACUCCUCAACCAGCGAUACUGACGAUGACGAGAUUGACGAGAAGCCCGAGUUGGACAAGGACUACCAUCAGCUGAGAGAUUCUAUCCUGAAGCUCGUCCAGGACUUCGAAAUACCAGCAAGUAUUGAGCCCGAAGGCGCACGUGCACAGUUCAGCAACAGGGCCACUGGCAUCAAGAAGUAUCGAUCAAAAAACAAGAUCAUCACGGCUGAAAAGUCCACCCCUAGCAGGAACCCUUAUCGCAUACGCAACGCCGAAGCGCAGGCGACUCCUGCAUGGGGGAGUUUGCAAGAGGACGACAGCGCGUCCACCAAGGAGACGGAAAAGCGUGAGGAAGCAGAUGCAGAGCCACCCUCUGUGCUUAUCGCUAUGCUUACCGCAGCCUCCGCUCAAUCUCGAGCGCAAGCCGAUUUCGUGUCGGCGCAUCUUUAUUGGAAAACGUUGCAACAACUCAACGCCCUUACCUCUGAGUCCUUGCGACGGAACGGCUUUGCAAUUCUUUUGAACAUUUUCUCCCGAGGACCACGAGAUUCGAUCCGCCGCUGCGCGUCCGCCAUUGAGGAAUACGAUGCAUGGCUCGUCUGGCUCAAGCAAAGCCAGGAGCGACACGAAGGACUCAUCGACGCCAUGAUGAAGCGUCUGCGCGCUCUCCGUGACAAGAUGUGGUACGUGACAGACGUUCGCAAUUCCGCGCCGUACGAGCAAAGCCGCAAUAUUUGUGCUGCCCUCAAAACUAUGGGUAUGCCACGACGAUACAACUCAUAUCAGCGCAAUCGCGCCCAUCUUUCACGAGGGCCCGCGUCAAGUUAUCUGUAUCGCACAGAGACACAGAUCAUGGACCUCCUAGCCGCUUCCGAAGAGCAGGGCGGGCCCAAUAAGCUGAGCGACGAUCAGGCAGAUAAGACCUCGCGCUGGCUUCAACAGGCAGGGGUCGAAAACUUUUGCUGCGGAGAGGAACGCAUACACAGGUUCUGCUGUGAAGUGGACACCUGCAUAUCAAAGCUAGUCGGCGAGUCGAUCAUGGACGGCCCUGUCUUGUGGUCGAGUGAGUUGUAUCAACGGGACAGGCGGAACCUGGAGGCGAGCAGAAACGGUCCUCGCGACAGAGACCAUCCAUUUGACGACACUGCCAGCGUCAUGAGUGACCCGGACCGGCGGUUCUUGUCUACUGGCCGGCCUAGCUCUGUUCGGGACUUGCGGGGCAUGUCAGCUCACAACUCAAGUCAGCAGUCGUUCGACUCUGGCAGCUACCGUUUCUCAAGGGCAAGCACAGUCUUGUCCGACAUUAUAGAUGGACAGGACUAUUUUGGCGUCUCGUCGCCUGUUCACACCAUCGACUCCAGUUCUACGUUUUGGUCGCCGUUUCAAUCGGCGAUCUCACCGAGCUCGACAACGUCCCGCGCCCAGUCCCCGACAACAAGCAUGACGAACCUGUCUAGCGUGUUCCAAAACCCUCAACAUCAUUCAAUGGGCUCUCAAGCAAGCCAGUCAACUGGCAGACCAGGUACCUCGGCAUCCUCCAACGAGACAAUCCACCAGCAACGCCUGUCAGAAGAGAAGGCCCGUUUCCUCAACGAGCUGCGCCAGACGUUGGUCAGCCUACUGCUGUCCGAUCUAGGCACUCUUGUCUUCUCUCGCGGUUCGGAAACCGACGAUUGGUUUUCUACUUUGGGUCAAGAGUGCAUCGAUAGGCGAGAUGCCCUCGACAGACGCGCGCGGAGAGCGGGGAAGUCCGGUAAACUCUCGCUGAGACCGCGUGUCAUUGAAAAGAAGAAGAGCUUUGGCAACUUGCGAGGUGCUGGCGAGACCGACAAGAACUCCGAAACCACAGAAACCGCAAGCGCUCCGGGAAAUGACAGCCCAGCGACAAGCGACACUGUUUCCACCCGACCCAAACAUACUCCCAAGGAGUCUACACCCGAGUUCCCUUUCAAGAAGGCUUUCCAACGCCUGCUCCGCAUGUUCAGCGUCCAUCCAAACCCUUAUGCCAAACUCAAUGCUCUGUAUGAGCUACAGCAGCUCAUCAUCGCAUCUCUGGCGAAUGGUUCGCGAAGGUCAAGGCUGGGAUGGAACCGGCAAGAAUUCAUGUCCGGCUCAGGCGAUGAUUCCGCGGGAAACAGUCGCCCUAAUCCUCUCGAAGAGGCAAUUGACAACGUCAGAGGCAGACGUUCACACACACUUCUGCAAUCGCCCCUGACCUCGCCACCGAUCAUGGGACCGCACCAGAUGCGGCAAAGUACUAACGAGAAUCGGAACCUUGCUUCAGGAAUCUCAUCUACCACUGACGCUGUCACCAAUGUUUUGCGGACACUUUUCCGAGACGCGUCUAUCCGCCCAAAGACACUCUUCCGUGACUUACAAUUCAUUGCUGCUUUCGUCAACCCAGUCAUUCUCGACAACACAGACAAGGGCACUGCAUUCUGGGAUACGGGCCUGGCUGCCUUGGGUCUCAAGCAAGAAGUGUGCCGUACUAUGAUUGAGGUAGCAGACGAGGUCCAGUGCGUGUAUACGAGCACUCGCAAGACGACGAACGAAACGCCCGUUCAAGAUGCGGAACGGCCAGAAACCGAUUCUCCUCCUCCUGUGACAACAGCGUACAGCUUGGCACAGGCAGGCAAGAUGUGGACCAUCACGGCGAAGGAGGGUCUUCCGACAGCUCAACGAGAGCUGGCAAUCUUUUACCUCUCCAACCCUGAGCUUGUGGAGCGUACCACCUUACCGCUCUCCAAGCCGAGAGAGGUCUUUAAACAAGCCGUCAUGGACAAGUACGCCGGAGCGUCUGGACGGACCGGCCCUGGCACCAGGCUCUAUGCUGGUGACAGAAACCGCACGACGGGCGCGUCCGGUCUCAGCGGAUCUGUUGGUUCCCAACAUCCCGGGCAGGAUUCAGGCUCCAAAGACGGAGAUGUUCGCAGCGACCCCGCUCUGAUGUGCGUGGCAGUUCACUUUUUCCAGGCAGCAGAACAGGGCGGCGACGAGCUUGCCACUUCGUUCCUCCGCCAGAAUGAGUUCAACGCCAUGGGAUAG